CGUCCGAGCUCGGGCUAAUCUGGCCAGACCAUGGCGCCGCUCGCCGCCCUCGUCGGCCUGGGCUUGUCGCAAGCCGCGCCGUCGGCAAGCUGCAGCCACAUCCGUGAAAACACUAGCGUCUCCUUCACCAUUACCGAAAUUCGCGACUGGAACACCGGCGACGCCGAGCAGGCGCUGCUCACGAGACUCGAGGAGCAGUGCGGCGCAUCCCCGCAAAAUGGACCUGGGAGCAGCAGCCCGACGGGGUCCUCGUCACCUUCGAGAUGGCGUCGAGCACCUCGGUCCUCUGCGUUGGGGAUAGCAUCCAAUGGGCCGGCGGGCCAUACCUCACCUGUUGGGGGCCGAAAAGCACAUUAAGUGGCAAUCCGAAGAGUGGAAUACCGCCCGGUUAUUGUCCAGACGACCUAUAGGAGGCCGGACAUAUCGAUCCGAGUCAGUGUCAGUGGCGGCGCAGCCCAGCAAGGCGGUACCUAGGUGUCGCCUGGCAGGCCGGCAGCCCAUGUUCCGAUCGGUGACGCGCUUGAUUAGACGAACAGGAGCUUCUUGCGAGCGCGUUGGGACGGGUGUUCGAGAUGGAUGCUUGGCGAGCAGGAGAGAAAGUCUAUCAAGGCCGGCGGCGCACAGACAGAUGACAGCCAAAAAAAGUGUGGGGCACCCACGCUGCAUGCCUGGCGCUGAAACCGCGCUCCAUCGCAGAUCUGCCCCGCUGGGCUGGGCUGUGCAGUGGCUGAUGGGGAUGGAAGAAUAGGGAGGAAAGAGAAAGGAGGUGAGUGGAAAGAGAGGAGGAAAAGAAAGAACAUGUCGGCACUGACGCCAAAAUAAAACACGUUCGGAUUAUUGCCUCAUUGCCGCGACGCUCCCAUCAUGUCAGUGCAGCACCAAGAUCCGAUGUGCACUGAAACCCGCCCCGGCUGUCACAUCUUCUGGCCCCUGUCAUUUGCGCUCCAGGCUCCUUCUCUUUGGGCCACUACACAGUAGCUCGCCCGAGACGCGUAUUGACGACCUCGGCAUUUGCGCUGGGAUAUGCCGGUAGGUUUGGGAAGCGAGCACCCAAGACCCAGGCCCAGGUUUCGACCCGCCCCUCCAGACGAUCCUGUUUCGCUCUCGCCGCCCCCGCCCGACUCCCCCUGCCCGCGCGCGGGGACGGGGCAGAAGGUCGAUCCCCAUAUAGGCCAAACGUCCUGCGCUCUCCCGGCUGCGAACCGGGCUCCCUCCACUGGUGCGCCAUCGAAACGAAGCCUGUCCCCGAGCUCGACACACAACGAGCCCUGCCGACAGAACCCAGAGAUGCAGUUCUUCAGGAGAGACGACGGGCCGCGGCUCCCUACCAGGGAACCGCUGCCGAUGGCGCCGGCGCCCUCCCUAAGCCCCGAGACCAACUUCCAACCCUUCAACUGGCGCCGAUACGUCACGACGCCCAAGUGGAUCACGAUACACAUAAUAACCAUCAUCACCAUCGUCCUGACGGUGCUCGCCGCCGUCUACAACAAAGAGCUGAUCCAGUCCCUGAGGCCAUGGUCCGAAAAGGUCCGCGUCAUCCCCGGCGGCUGGCUGAUACCCAUCGUCAUCAUGGUCGUCAUCUCGUUCCCGCCGCUGUUCGGCCACGAGAUCAUCGGCGUGCUCUGCGGCAUCGUCUACGGCCUGUGGGUGGGCUUUGGCAUCGUGGCCGCCGGCACCUUUUUCGGCGAGGUCGGCACCUGGUUCGCCUUCCGCGGCCUGCUCCGCACCCGGGCCGAGCGCCUGGAGCGCACCAACCUCACGUACGCGGCGCUGGCGCGCAUGACGCGCGAGGGCGGCUUCUGGAUCGUGCUCGCCAUCCGCUUCUCGGUGAUCCCGUCGCACAUCUCGACGGCUGUCUUUUCUACCUGCAACGUGCUCUUCUGGCACUUUGCCGUCUCGACCUUUUUGACGCUGCCCAAGCAGGUCGUGCUCGUCUACAUCGGCACCCUGCUGGCCGACGAGAAGGAGCGGUCGUCGCCGACGGCCCACGACGCCGAGCGCACCGAGCGCGCCAUCAAGGGCGUCGUCAUCGGCGUUACCGGCCUGCUAACGCUAGUGCUGGGCGUCUGGAUCUGGAACCGCAUGCGCGGCAUCAAGAGGGUGCUGCUGGCCGAGCAGGACCGGCGCCGGAGCGACCUCGAGAUCGACAGCAUCAAGGAUGCUGAGAGGACGCUGGCCCCGCUAAACUGAGCGUCGGUCUGGUCGGCUUGUAUUUUAUCUGUAUCACCAACCUCAUGACUUUGUGUAUGAUUUAUAUAUAUAUGCUAGCGGCGGGUUCCAGCGUGAAGCAGGCGGCGCAUGUGCGGGAAACCAUCUCGGCUGUGCGAUCCUAUAGAGCCACGCCCGGCAAAUCAAGGCUGCUUGCCAUGCAUUCUGUUUUGUACGUGAGCGCGCAGUUGCGCAGCAACGCGACCUGGCACUUGGGAAACGUA